UUAAUAGAAGACAGUGAAUCAUAUGAUUUUAGUGAUAGUUUAACACAAGUUGUUUCAUCUGUAGAGGAAACACAUGAGACAAUCAGUCCACCACAAAUGAUUACAAAUAAAAAACUUAUAACUUCAUUAAAUGGAAUUGAUUAUUUUUUGGAAUAUCAUACAAUAUUUGCUGCAAUUGCAGAGCUGCUUGAAAAUGAAUUAAUUGCUAGUGUAUGCAAAUUUGAUUACCAAGAAAAGAAUAUUUAUGAA